AUGGAUCAUGAACUAGAGGUGCAGAGCUACUCCACCCACUCGCCUGUAAAAUCAGACAAAUCACUGGAGGACGUGCUGGACAACCUCAACCUCAGCUCCACCAUCACCCCUCAGAUGAUCAACCUCGGCCUCUCACAAGAGCUUGUUGAUGAGGUGUGGCAGCAGCAGGCCGUGUUCAGGCUGCUGCAGCUGAUAGAGCUCCCUCUGUUGGAGAAGCUGUUGGAUGGUAAAGAAGCAUCGAGGCCUCCCCUGCACAGCAUGGACAGCGACCCCGACCUGUUGUAUACAUCCAGCUACCUCGACCGAGAAGUUCUCAAGGCCUUCAGUGAAGCACAGGAUGAUGAGUGGCUGUCCGGAGCGGUGGACUGUCUGGAGUUCCUUCCCGAUGAUCUGGUGGUGGACGUCAGUCGAGGUUUGGCCGGGUGUGCCGAUGACCUGCUGCGGUGUAAGAGUCUGCUCUACGAGGUCUUGGUUCAGCACUACAGAAACACGCAGCAGCCUCCUCUGCUCAGCAACCACGUGUUCGACAUCCACUCCGGCAUCUCGGAGCUACUCGUGAAUGGCAAGCAGGAGCAGGCUCUGGAGGCUCUGCAGCUGAGCCUGAAGCUGCAGGACUCUCGCAGCAGGGAGGAGCUGCGCAGGCUCCUGAGAUUCAUGGCUGUCGCAGCCGAAUCCCAGGAGGUCAAACUGCACAAAGAGAUUGAGAACAGAAUGGCAGUGAAAAGGUCUUUCUCGAGUGCCAUCGUCUACAGCAAAAGACUCUCCAAAGGAAAGGUGGCCUUGAUGGUUCUGUUCAUGAUGGAUAAGCACUGCGAUCUGUUCAAGAUUCCUGUUUCAUUACACAAAAUGGUCAGUGACAGAAUAAUAAAUAUUGUAAAAGGCAAGGAUCCAGAAGUGACAACAGGACCGUCACACUGCACAAGAGUGAGCGCUAAGGCCUACUCGGAAAAUGCACAAAAAACCACUAAGGAGGAACUUUGGUCCUUACUCCGCACUAUCCACGAGAACCCAAAACUCUCCUCUAAAGAAAAGAGACGGCUGCUUGGACAGUUUUACAAAGGCCACCCUGAGCUUUUUGUUCAAUACUUUGGAAAUAGAUUGUCCAGACACGUGUUGCUACAGUGAUAUUUGUCAGUUUAACAAUUUAUGUAUAAUUAUGUAAAGAAUACGUACAUGAAAGAAGCUAAUGUGAUUUAAAUGACGUGCAGAUGUGCAGUUAGUGCAUGGAUUAUAUUUGCUAGUAUGUAAAUAGUUUAGACUACUGAAAAAAAUGUGAAUUUUCAAAUGUGGAGACUCACAAUAAGCUACGACAAUUAAGGACGUAUUUCAUUUCUUAGAUAUUUUCUUUGGUGCAGGACACUAACAUGAAAUGUCCUUGUCAGUUAUUUAUGUGUCUGCAGUGUGUCUUGACGGCAUUCAGGCUGCAUAUAUCCCUUUUAAAUGGAUGUAUUCUGUGUGUUAUAGUGCAAUAGGAACAGUCUUAGCAUGCAGAUGUUCUGUUCAUGUGGUUUCUCAUACACAAUGUGAUGCACAGUAGAGUUAUGUCUCAAACGGAAAUUUGAACCUGGAAAUGUGAAAGUCUGAUGUUAUUCUGUAGCAAAAAGUCAGAGGCAUUUAUGUGAAUCAGCCCUCUGGGUUUAUGUGUUGCAACUCUCAGAAUACAGAUGUUUGUAUUUUUUAUUUUUUUAUUUAAACCUUAUCCACGUUUUAGUGGUAUCUUUAGGGUUUUGUUUUGACAAAGGUUUAUGUAUUCCUUAUACUAAGAUGAGGAAAUGACAUCCACAUUUCCAAUUGACAAACUCAUCCCCGGACUAAGUUUUAAACCACUCACAUCUUGUUUGUAUUUUGGAAAACCUUAAUAAAAUGCAUCUAGAAUUGUCAAACAUUCAAACAUGUACAUUGCAUCUUUUCAAUGCAGACAAAAGCAUUUUUAUUCUUAAAGAUAACAAAAGGGAAUUGGUAAAUCGAAUCAUUUAUAAAUACAACACAAAACAUGUUUACAUCUGAGGCAGUCUCUAGUACACUGUGUCCAUUCUUACUUGACUGAACACGGGCCUUGCCUAGAGCUUUUCCUGUUAAUACCUGACAUAAAGUAUCCUACCUUUACGUUUAAACAGAGUUGCAUAAUUGUGAAAUCUAGGGCUGUUUAAUGCUAUUGAAGUUUCCAGUUGAAAAACCUGUGAAAUUGUGUUUUAUAUAAGAUACAAAUAUUUGUAUCGGUAACAUUUUAAGGAAGAUAUUUCUGCAAUGUGGAGUUCACCUAACUGUUUCUCAUACGUCAAUGUUUAAAUACGAAACAAAUAGGGCUUCAGCUCAACACCUCAAGAGUCCUGUUGAAAUAUCAACUCAAAUAUGGAAAUGAGCGGUGCUUUCCUUUCCGAAACUUUGGAUAAAACAUUGUUCACAGCUUACAUUAAACACAACUUUAGUGCUAGAUAGAAAAAUCACUAACUCUUACCAAGUUUGAUUUACAUUUCUCUAGCUGUAAUGGCUUUUUCAAAUUCACAGCUAACGUGAAAAUGAGAAACGGCCAACAAGCAUCCCUUUGAUUGACAGGUCGUUUUGGUGGGGUGCCCUACUAUAGCUAUAACGUUUAUCAUUCAGAAGCUGUUCAAUACAAACACAUGAAGACAAUGUUAGACUUUUUUUCUGAGCAGUAGAAAGACUCAAAUUGUUCAAAUGUACAAUAUGUUGUUAAUAUUGCAAGAGGAGUGGUGUUCAGUUUAUUCCAGUGUAACCUGUGCACAGACUCAACUAGGCUGCCAAACACUCAGAACAAAGGCUUUGCGAGGCAGACAAAUACUGAUGUCAUCAGGUCAAUGUGAAAAUAAGCAGCUGGCUGACAUUGAAGAGUUCACUGAAUAUGAUAUGUUCUCCAAUCAAGUCAUAGUUUUUCUCAAGUAACGGACUGAAAUACGCAUUAAUAAUUUAAAGCUGAAAGUAAAGAUUUAAGUUUGUAUCACAAAAAUGAUGUGUCAAAAGCUGCCCUCUAGUGGAAGGCCUGGCAUGAGUUGGCUAAAAAAGAAGUCUUGAUAAAAUGCACAGUCAGUUUAAAAAACAGCAAAAAAGCAUCAGUUCAAGUAAGUGAAAUAAAAAGCAAAUCGGUUUAAUUCUUUUCCAUUUUUAUUGAAAGGAAUUUCGUU